AUGGAAUCACAAUGGUCAAAUCUGCCUUAUGAUUUGCUGUCACGAAUAGCUAGAGAUCUAGAACUGAUUGAUUUUUUAAGCUUUCGUGGUGUUUGCCGUGACUGGAACAUUGCUUCUUCGAAAACGUCGCCGCAAGACAAAUCUCGUGAAUCUGAUCUUUGGUUUCUUACUUACGGAGGAGGAGAAGGUUCUCAGUGUUCUCUAUUGAAUAAUGGAGAUAAAGUCUACAGUAUCAGCAUUCCGGAACUUGAAGGAGCAACAUGCCUCGCAUCCUACGAUGGAUGGUUGCUUCUGUUCUGCCAAGGUUCGAUGUUCUUCUUUUGUCCUUUUUCAAGAGCAAAAAUAGAGCUUCCAAAUUGUCCUUUCACAGAAUUAACGAAUCAUGUUGCGGCGUUUUCAUCUGCUCCCACUUCUCAAGAUUGCACUGUUGCUGUGAUUAGUCGCAGUCAUGAGCGUGAUUUGGAACUGUUUGUGCUUUGUAGGGGAGACAAUGAAUGGGGUAAGCACACUUAUCAUAGCGAUGUACUUGAAACAAUUAGAGCUGCUAUAUUUUAUGAAGAGAAAUUUCACUUUUUGGACGGGUUCGAUAUCUUGCUUACAUUUGAUGCUGCUAAAACCAAAGAAUGGAACACUUAUCGUAUAGUUACAAAACCGCGUGCUUCUACCGUUGGUGUGUUGAAUUAUCGUGUACGUAAAGACUAUUUUGGAAAGAAGGAUAUAAAGAGAAAACUGGGGUUAGAGGAAGAUGUUUCAAUUUCUAUAUGUGGGACGCAGGCUCCAUCGGAAAGGUGUGGAUAUAAGGAAAUAAUUCAGAGCGAAAGCAUUGAGGCAACAGCUGAGGCAACAGCAGCAUCUCAAAGUCGUGACCUCAAAGGGAUAUGGAUUCGACCAAGAUAUCACGUACAUCCAGACCAAAAAUGGUAA